UCAAAUAGUUUGACAUGACAAUAAAGACAUUUUAUGUUUAUAGUCGAUGCAAUGUUUUAUUUGAAUAUUUUAAAAGAAAAUGACGCGUAAUAUAACCACAUUAGUUAGGUAGCUGUUCGUCUAGCUAGGUUAAAAAACACAAAUCCAGCGUUCUUGGUGGUUAAUCAUGUCAGGGUCGUGGCUCAGAAGCUGUCGGUGUUACUUUAACUACAAUGUGGCCAACCUGCGGGGUUAUGUUCGUGCUGCUGCCGCCAGAAGAGUACGGAUUACAUGCCACCUGGACUCGGACUUCGCCAGACGCUGCUCCACCAUGAAUGUGGGUGAGGUGCGGGUCAGGUUUGCCCCAAGCCCGACGGGUUUCUUGCACCUGGGUGGUCUCCGAACUGCACUCUACAAUUACAUCUUUGCCAAGAAGUACAGGGGCUCCUUCAUCCUGCGCUUAGAGGACACUGAUCAAAGCAGGUUGGUGCCAGGAGCUGCAGAGGCCAUUGAGGAGAUGCUAGAGUGGGCAGGUAUACCUCCAGAUGAGAGUCCAGGCCAAGGCGGGCCAGUGGGUCCUUAUUUCCAGUCGAAGAGACUGGACCUUUACAAACAGACUGCUUCUCGGCUUGUUGAAGGUGGCCAUGCCUACUACUGUUUCUGCAGCUCCCAGAGACUGGAGCUGCUCAAAAAGGAAUUUUUGAGGACGGGACAGACUCCAAGGUAUGACAACCGGUGUCGACACCUUCGGCCUGAGCAGGUACAGGAGAGGCUGGUGCAGGGUGCGCCUCACGUGAUCAGGUUUCGACUCGAGGAGGGAGUGGAGGCCUUUCAGGAUCUUAUCUUUGGAUGGUAUCGUCACGAGGUGGCCCAGGUGGAGGGCGACCCUGUGAUGAUGAAAGCCGACGGUUUUCCUACCUAUCACCUUGCCAACAUAGUGGACGACCACUACAUGAGGGUCAGUCACGUUCUGCGGGGCUCCGAAUGGCUCAUCUCCACCUCUAAGCACAUCCUCAUGUACCGCGCUCUCGGAUGGCAACCGCCCGUUUUUGGACACCUGCCGCUCUUGACCAACAAGGACGGCAGCAAACUGUCCAAAAGACAGGGAGACAUAUUCAUCCAGAAAUUCCAGAGAGACGGUGUGCUGCCAGAGGCUCUGCUGGAUAUAACCACCAACUGCGGCUCGGGAUUCAGCACCAAUCGGAUGGGACGGAAAAUAGACGAGCUUAUUUCAGAGUUUAACCCCUCAAAGAUCACGACGCACUCUGCUCUUCUUGACCUGGACAAACUUCCUGAGUUCAACAAAAUCCACCUGCAGCACCGUAUUGAAAGUGAGCAGCAGUGCAAUUUUCUGAUAAAGGAACUGCAGGGACAAAUCCAGGAGGCCUAUGCGGGCGAGGUGCAGCAGGAUGGAGACGUCCUGCGUGAGGAUUAUAUUAGGAGGGUUCUGCACUUACGUAAGGGUCACAUAUCCUCACUGAGGGAGCUUGUGAGUGCCGCCUACUCAUACCUGUGGGUGCGCCCUUCCUUCUCCAGCCAACAGGUGGCAGCGCUCUCCACGGAGUCCCAACACAUUGCCUCGCUGGCUCUGAGAUUAAUAAAAGAACAUGGAGAGGCCCCAGCAGUGGAUGAGCUCAGCAGAGAUUUGAAGACGCUGGCCAAGCAAACCAAAUCCACCAAGUACAGAGAAGUGAUGAAGCUCAUUCGGCUAACUCUCAGCGGAUUGCAGCAAGGGCCCAGUGUUGGAGAAAUGAUGGUGGCUUUGGGGCCCGCAGAAACCAGCCAUCGAUUCCAGAAGCUUCUGUCGCUCUCUGAGACCAGUUCAGAGAUGCCAUCUUCCUCGGUGUUCUUGAAAGGCUCCCAAAAAAUCAGUACAACUCCUGGAAUGACAGACGUCUUAUAGAUCCUUCCUAUGGACACUAACCAAUACGAGUAAAACCAACAAAUCCAUCCAUUUUCUACCGCUUGUCCCGUUCGGGGUCGCGGGGGUGCUGGAGCCUAUUCCAGCUGCACUCGGGCGGAAGGCGGGUUACACCUUGGACAAGAUGCCACCUCAUCACAGGGCCAACACAGAUAGACCGACAACAUCCACACUCACAUUCACACACUAGGGCCCAUUUAUUGUUGCCAAUCAACCUAUCCCCAGGUGCAUGUCUAUGGAGGUGGGAGGAAGCCAGAGUACCCGGAGGCAAACCACGCAGUCACGGGGAGAACAUGCAAACUCCACACAGGAUCGAACCCAGGACCUUCGUAUUGUAAGGCACACACACUAACCCCUGUACCACCGUGCUGCCAGUAUGUAUGAAUAUAGCAUAAAAAUACAAUAUGCAAUUAAAAUCGUAUAUAUUGUCUAAUUUACUAAUCAUUAAUCGAUCAAUAAUGGUAUAAACUUGCUAGCAGAUUUUAAUAUUUCCAGUAAAAUGUUAGCUGUCUUAGACUUUAAACGAUGGCGUGCAUGCAGUGUUUAUUGUAAAGCGUCCCAACAGAGACGUUGAUGCGCUAAUGCUUUCUAAAAGGUUUAUUGACAAACCGUAACAAGUCAUAAUCCAAGGCAGAAACAGCACACAAGCCCUAAGCAAUUACGAUAUAAUACAUUUUUUUUGGGGGGUUAUUUUUAUUCUCUAAAGCAGUUAAAUAGAAAACAAUUAUUUAUUGAAAACAAAUAUAAUGUAUUGGUGUGUGGAUAUAGGAUAUUGUAUACUAAAUGUAUCAAAUAUUGUUAGUCACAAAAUCAUGUGUUAUUUAAAAAAGACUCAACUCUAAGAGAUACAAAUCACAUAUCAGAUCGCCUUUGCAAUAUUAAGGGGAAUAAAAAAUUCAUUGUUUUAACAAGUUAACAAUCAUUAACAGUGAGCUUGGAAACACUCAUGUGGCAAUGACGACAUUCUGUGCAAUCAUCUAGUUGUCCAACUAUUUGCAAGAAUCAACCCUUUGUGUUUUUGUGUCCACGUGACUAGAGCAUUUUGAAAACAUGAAAAUAAAACCCCUGACUUUGAUUGUCAGAAGUUGGCAUCUC